AUGUCUAUCCGCGUCCUGAUCAAAGACUAUCCGCACCGAGCCAUCGCACUCGCGACCCCGACCCACGCCCUCGUCCUGCGACACAGCUCCUCGUCGACCGAGAACAAUGGGAACAACAAUGCGUCCUCGACGUCGUUGGGGAGCAAUGGCCCCAGCGCAGCGCGCUGCAUGGUCGAGUUCUCGCGCGUGGAAGAGGUGGACCUGAGCGAUUACCGCGGCCUGCAUUCUGUGAAUGUGCACGACAACAAUGUCUUCCUCGUCGUCGUCAACGGCGCGAGUAAAGUAGCCACGGUGCGCCCGGGCGAGACGGUGCAGAGGAUACAUUCAGUCGGCUUCUUCUGCUUGACCAGCUCGAGCUACGAUGCGAUGCUCAACGACGAGGUCAAUCCAUACCCGACCGACACCAUCGAUGAUGAGGGGUAUGAAAUGGGCUUUGGCGGAAAGAAGGAGCAGAGCCCGUUGGAACAUCCGUGUCUGGCGCUGAAGAAGAUCUUGAGCAGCGGGACCUUUUACUACAGCUCUGAUUUUGAUCUCACGAGGAGACUACAGCAUCGAACGACGGAUGCAGCGACGGUGUCCAUUGACAGUCUGGACGCUGGCUUUUUGUGGAAUUCGUACAUGAUACAACCGCUUGUGGACUUUAGGAGCAGGCUUGCGCCUAGGGACAAGGAAGCGCUGGAUAAGUCGGGCAUAUUGACGUCUGCGAUCCGGGGAUUUGCACUCACAAUCACCAUCCCCACGUCUUCUGCGCCUAUAAAAUCGACAGGAUCGGGAAUGCCAUCGUCCAUGACACUCAUAUCGCGAUUGUCCUGCAGAAGAGCCGGCACACGGUUUAAUUCCCGUGGUAUCGACGACGACGGGAAUGUAGCCAACUAUGUAGAGUCGGAGACAAUAUACUGGACACCCACUGGAGUCUGCUUCUCGUAUGUCCAGGUACGUGGCAGUGUCCCAAUCUUCUGGGAACAACAGUCUGGACUCCUCCCUGGACAGCAGAAGAUCACCAUCACAAGGUCGGCGGAAGCGACGCAGCCAGCGUUCGACAAGCACUUUGAGAACCUGGAGAUUAGCUACGGCGCUAUACACGUGGUUAAUUUAUUGAGUCACGAGAAACCACAGGAGGUUGAGCUAUCGCAAAAGUAUAGAAGUCACAUCAAGAGUAGCCCGCUAAACUAUGGUGUCGAUCAAAACCACAGGGAACACGAACUGCUGAAGUUGACGGAAUAUGAUUUUCACGCCGAGACGAGGGGACCUGGUGGGUAUGAGGCGGCCAGCAUGAUUGCACGUUGGAUACAGGGAUCCGCGGAUUCUUUUGGGUAUUAUCUCUCGGAAGAGGUCGACGAGCGUGCAAGGAUACAAGGAGAGGAUCGCAUCAUCAGACGAUCAAUGACCAUCUUGCAGCAAGAAGGUAUCUUCCGCACCAAUUGUCUCGAUUGCCUGGAUAGGACAAACCUUGUACAAACCAUUAUCAGCAAGAUGGCACUUGAAGUUUUUCUAAGCCACAAAGGCCUUCGUGCAAACCAGGACUUCUGGAUGCGGCACUCGAGCAUGUGGGCAGAUAACGGCGAUGCCUUGUCCAGGAUUUACGCAGGCACUGGAGCGCUGAAAUCCUCGUUUACGCGACAUGGAAAGAUGUCGCUUGCAGGCGCGCUGGCAGAUGCACGAAAGAGCGCAACGCGCAUGUACAUCAACAACUUUGCAGACAAAGGUCGACAGAACACCAUCGACAUGCUGCUUGGCCGACUCAUGGGUCAAGUACCCGUUCAUUUGUACGAUCCCGUCAAUGAUUUCGUUGUAGCGGAGCUCCAGCGACGUGCGGCAGAGUACUCAGAGACAGAAAUGAUCAACAUCCUCGUCGGCACCUUCAAUCUCAACGGCAAGACGAACGGAAUCACCGCAGACUUGUCACCAUGGCUUUGCCCCGACGUCGACCCAUCGCAGCAAUGUCCUGAGAUCGUGGCUGUUGGAUUUCAGGAGAUUGUUGAGCUGAGCCCCCAGCAAAUCAUGGCUACAGAUCCUGACAGGAGAGAACUGUGGGAACGUGCUGUGAAGAAUACAUUGAACAGGAACGCAGAGAAGCAUGGAAGGGAGGAGUAUGUCUUAUUGAGAGGUGGACAGCUUGUUGGUGCGAGCUUGUCGGUCUUUGUGAGAGGUGAUUGCCUGAAGCAUAUCAAGAAUGUGGAAGGCAGCCUGAAGAAGACCGGCAUGUCUGGGAUGGCAGGUAACAAAGGAGCUGUCGCCAUUCGAAUAGAGUAUGGCAACACUUCGAUAUGCCUCGUCACUGCUCAUUUGGCAGCUGGCUUUUCGAACUACGAAGAACGCAAUCGCGACUACAAGACCAUCAGCCACGGACUGAAAUUCCAGCGAAACAGGUCGAUCGAAGACCAUGACACAGUCAUCUGGUUCGGUGAUUUCAACUACCGAAUCGGCCUUAGCAAUGAGAAAGUGCAAAAGUUAUGCCAUGUCGGCGACCUCGAGACGUUGUAUGAGAACGACCAGCUCAAUCUGCAAAUGGUUGCUGGAUUGACGUUCCCAUACUACUCUGAGGCACGCAUCACCUUCCCACCUACCUACAAAUACGACCUCAACUCUGAUACCUACGAUACGUCCGAGAAAGCACGAAUUCCCGCCUGGUGCGAUCGUGUCCUACGCAAAGGCGACAAUAUUCGCCAGAUACACUACGAUGCUGCACCGCUCCGGUUCUCUGACCAUCGUCCCGUCUAUGCCACGUUCCAAGUUCUUGUACAAAGAGUAGAUGAAAGGAAGAAAGAUGCCCUCAAAGCUGAAUUAUACAGCCGACGCCGAGAGGUUGUCGGCGACACUCGCGCAGGUGUUGACAAUGACGACACGGACGACGAAGAUCUCAUUGGCUAUGAGAGCGUAGAGCCCGGCCUACCACCAGCCAGCUCAGACCGUAGGAAAUGGUGGCUCGACAACGGUCUACCAGCUAAAGCCCGCAUCCAACCGCCACAAGAAGGCUACAUGCCCAAUCCAAAACGACCCAGCAACCCCUUCACACCUAGCCCAGAGCCAGACUGGGUCGAUGUCCAGCGCAUGGGCGGCCGACCUGAACCACCACCAGCACGCGGCUCCCAGCGAGCACGAACCGUCGACUUCAACAAUCCACCACAAUCCAAUUCUCAGGCAAGGAAACUCAUCGUCCCAGCCUUCCCCACUCACUCCACGCAAACAUCCAACUUCGACGGCUCUCGCGAUGCCCUAAACGACCUACGUCGCAGCGAAUCCAGCGCAUCGACACGUUCGCUACCCACACGCCCCGGCCCAGGAUCCUUCACCUCGCAACCCCAGUCCCAGCGAACAGGACCGCAAGUCUUACGCAAACCCGCGCCACCAAUCCCCAACAAGAAGCCCGCACUGCUGAGUAAGAACAGCGCGCAGAGCGUUGCGCAGAGUCAGUAUCGCGACGACCCGGCGCCGCGCAGGAGUAUGGCGGAGCGUAGGCCGGUGCCCAAUUUCAUGGAUGAUGAGGGAGGUGCGAAACCACCGCUGCCGCCGCGCACGGGGACGGGGUUGAGUGCGGGCGGGAGGAAUUUGUUGGACGAUGAUGUGGACGAGGGUGCGGGGUUGAGGGGGUGGGAGGUUUUACAGCCGCAGGGGGGAAGGUGA